AGUUGCAAGUUUACACUCUUUGAAUUCUGACUGCUUUGAAUUGAUCUCUCAAUAACUGAGUAAAUAUUGAAAAAUAGAAAACUUUCCACGAUCAAAAAUUAUUUAAGUGACUAGCAAAGUGAAAAUCUUUCACUAUUUAAAGUGUGAAAAGAUUUUAAAUCAAAAGAAAAAUGAGUAAAAAUUAUAAUGAUCCUGAAUUAGAUCAGAAACCGUAUGUAAUAAGUGAGAAUGUGGAUUUUCCAUAUGUGUUAAAAACUUCACCUUCGUCAUUCGAUGGAUCUCGAAAUUCUGUCUCGAUAGCUUCUUCAAUUUUCGAGUCUAGUCUGAAAGAAAGUGAAGACAGUGAAGAUGUGGAUAGAAGUCGAGUGACAGGUGUUAAACAGGAGAAAUGGUGGCAAACAACAAUUCAAGUUUCCAUUCCAUUCUUUAUUGCUGGCAUCGGGACAAUAGCUGCUGGGAUUAUUUUAGGAAAUGUUGAGCAUUGGGAGGUUUUCCAGGAAGUAAGCGAAUUAUUUAUUCUCGUACCAGCCUUAACUGGCUUAAAAGGGAAUUUGGAUACAACAUUGGCGUCGCGAUUAUGCACACAGGCAAAUUUGGGUAACAUGAUAUCUGGUAAGGAAAUAUUUCACAUGGCUUUGGGGAACAUUGCGUUAGUCCAAGUGCAAGCGACGGUCGCUGCUUUUAUCGUAUCGCUCUUCUCGAUUGGAGUCGGAGCUAUCAUCAAAAACACGUUAAGAUUUAAUCACAUUACGCUCUUGAUUGCUUCAAGCAUGUUUACGGCAACAUCAACGUGCUUCGUUUUAGAUUUCAUUCUUGUCUUUGUCAUUUUAUUGACAAAAAAGUUCAAAGCAAACCCUGAUAACAUGACAGCGCCUCUUGCAGCUUCAAUUGGUGAUGUCGUAUCGAUUACAGUCUUAAGUUUCAUUUCGUCGCAUUUGUUCAAGAUUUCUGGAACACAAUCAUGGACGACUUAUAUGGUUAUUGGAGCUUUUUGUCUACUUCUACCGUUUUGGAUAAUGAUUGUUCUACGUAAUCGUUAUACAAGAUCGGUAUUGAAAACUGGGUGGACUCCCGUGUUGUCAGCAUUGUUUAUCAGCGGAACGGGCGGACUUGUGUUAGAACGUUCUGUCGGAGAGUUUUCUGGUUAUGUCGUCUUCCAGCCCAUUAUCAAUGGAAUUGGUGGCAAUCUUGUGUCUGUUCAUGCAAGCAAAAUGGCGACGUUAUUGCAUCAAAGUUCCUUACCAGGAAUCAUUCCACCUUUCACAAAAAUCUUCCAAGGGCCAUGGAAAGCUUUGUUCAAUGGAACACCUUAUGCGAUAACAGCUCGAAUUUUGAUCUUGAUGUCAAUUCCUGGACAGUUUUUGUUUAUUUUCAUCGCCGAUUACAUUCAUCAAUCAAGAUCAACGAUUGGAAUUCCAUUUAUCCUUACAUACUUGAGCUUCAGUAGCAUUCAGUUGAUGUUGCUACUUUUCAUUGCACACAUUCUUAUUCAUGCAAUGUGGAGAUUUAAAAUUGAUCCUGACACAGCAUCAAUUCCUUAUCUGACAGCUUUGGGAGACUUGCUCGGUUCAAGUUUAUUGAUGGCUGCAUUUGCAUUCCUUCGAGCUAUUGGAAACGUUUAUGAAGAAAAAUUGUGAAACUUUUUCCUUUAAUCUCCCACAACGAUAAUUACAAGCAGCUUUCAAUUAAAAAUCAAUCAAAAAUAAAAUGUGAAGUAAUUAAAAAGC